GUCGAGAUUGGGAUCUGUUUUCCUUUGUUGUCGAGGACAGAUUUGACUUUUGUGUUCGUUCGUAUUCAAUUUUCUUUUGUUCUUCUUCGAAGAUUUCACAUGAAUCCUUGCUUGGCUCGUGAUGUUUUGUAGUAGCUAUUGUUGAUUCGUCUAUUUCUUCAGCCCCGCUCUUCCUUGCUCUCGAGAAAGCUUAUAACCUCCGGAUUGCCUCGAGAAAUAAACCGGAACACAUUCCGGGGCUCGGAGCACUUACAACGCCUGGGUAGCUUCCCCCAUCAGAUCUACGCUUGGGUGCCAAUUUUCCUUUUACAUGCUUGUUCCUGCUGCAGGAGUUGUUGCUGCUUCACUAUUGUUUGAUGACAAUAUUGGCUAAUAAGUAUCAUAUGUUGUUCUGUAACUUGAGCUAUUACUGAGCACCUCGCAUUAGCUUCAAGUUCUGCAGAAUGGACCGCCAUGAUACAUCUGGUUUUGUUAGUGGAGGCUGCAAGCUUUCACUCAAGUAUUUCUGAUUUAGUAUUGUUUUGUUAAAUUGAGUCUUGGAAGACAGGCUAACUGGUUUCUAUCCCAUCAAGUUUAUUGAUAGAGAGGUCCUCUCAAGAUAGCAGUAAUUGACAAGAGCAUUCUGAUGGAUUUUGCUGUUGAUCUCCCCUCUUUAAGUAAAUUUGGCUUUUGGAGUUCUAUGCAAUCAGGAGGUAUCAAAUUACCACUGGAUUCACAUCCCAGUCUGCAUAAUUCCAACAUAAAAGGGACAAAAAGGAAGUGGAAUGACAAUACUGGAGUUGAAGGUUCAGAAAAUCCAUUACUUGCACUGGGUUUGGGUCAGUCACCAAGUUCCUCAGUGGUCAGCAAGAUGAGCUCAGCAGGUCUUUCCACCACGUCUUCAGUGAAGGAAACUGACGAGGAAUCCCCUGCAAACCCAGAAUUUAGUUUCAAGCUGCAUAUUGGCAAUGGUUACAAGCUCAGUUAUAACAAGUCAUCAGUUGGUACUCUGAAGGCUCCUCAUACUGUUGAUAUGCUCAAUUUGCAGCUAAGUCUAUCAACAGGGUCUUCUGAGUCUGCUCUAAUAGAUGUCAACACAAUUGCAGGCCAACAUCUUUAUAGUUUUGAGUCUUCUGUGAUUGCAAGUCCGGUGCAGAUUAGUGAGGAAGAAGGAUCAGCAUCAUCUUGCUGGAUAUUUGGGAAGUGUCUUGUUCAACCUUGCGUGCCCAACCCAGAAACAGGUAGCAGUAACUUUCCUCCCCAAAAUAGAAUGCAUACUGAAGCUGAUCCUAUUGCAGUUCUUCCAGACUUCCCAUCAACCAUGACACAAAUGUCGAAAAACCCAGUUGCCUGCUCUUCCGGGAUUUCUGAUUCCCAUAAACGCAACAACAGGACAAAGUACUGUCAGUUCCAUGGAUGUACGAAAGGAGCAAGAGGUGCUUCCAGUUUAUGUAUAGCUCAUGGUGGGGGACGGAGGUGCCAGCGACCCGAGUGCCAAAAGGGAGCUGAGGGCAGGACAAUCUAUUGCAAAGCGCAUGGCGGCGGUCGCCGAUGCCAACACCUUGGCUGCACGAAGAGUGCUGAAGGUCGCACCGAUUACUGCAUUGCCCAUGGUGGCGGUCGGCGCUGCAGCCACCUGAGUUGCACUCGUGCAGCAAGAGGGAAGUCGGGUUUAUGCAUCAGGCAUGGCGGUGGCAAGAGGUGCCAAAUCAAGAAUUGCACGAAGAGCGCAGAAGGUUCCUCGGGCUUGUGCAUAUCUCAUGGUGGUGGCAGGCGUUGCCAUUUCCAUGGAUGUACAAAGGGUGCUCAAGGUAGCACAUUGUUCUGUAAGGCGCAUGGUGGAGGGAAGAGGUGUACAGUUGUGGGGUGUACAAAAGGGGCCGAGGGAAGCACUUCCUUCUGCAAGGGACAUGGUGGGGGGAAGCGGUGCUCGUUUCAGGGUGGAGGUGUGUGCCCAAAGAGUGUGCAUGGGGGAACCUCGUUCUGUGUGGCACAUGGUGGUGGAAAGAGGUGUGCUGUCGCCGGGUGCCCCAAAAGUGCUAGAGGGCGGACUAGUUUCUGUGUACGCCAUGGCGGGGGCAAACGGUGCAAGUUCGAAGGAUGUGGGAAGAGCGCACAGGGGAGCACCGAUUUUUGUAAAGCGCAUGGGGGAGGCAAACGAUGCACAUGGAGUCAACUGGGCUCAAAAUUUGAUGUUGGCGAGACGCUCUGUGAUAAGUAUGCUAGGGGCAAGACUGGUCUCUGUGCUGCACACAGCGCCCUGGUGCAGGACCACUGUGUUCAUGGUGGGGGAAUGCUUGGACCACCUACCACACAGUAUACAGUGCCUGUUAAACUUGAGAAGAUGAAUGACGUUGCUGCUGAAGAAGAGACCUUUACAAAGCUGGAGUUGAAGAAAGUAGUACAUUCUGCGCUACAGCAGUCCGGGUCUUCUGGUCCAGAGGGCAGGGUGCGUGGAGGGGGUUUGGUUGGGAUGAUCGCAAGUAGUUCAGGCUUUUGGAAUUAACACGGGAGAUCAGGGAACUGCAGUUACUUCAGAUUCGGGGGUACUUGUUUGUACUUGUUUGGUUGGGAUGAUCGCAAGUAGUUCAGGCGUUUGGGAUUAACACGGGAGAUCAGGGAACUGCAGUUACUUCAGAUUCGGGCGCUCCACACUGCAGCCUACCUGCGGAUGUAAUGGCAAGGGAGUAGUAACUCAUGGUUUGACUUGAUAUAUUGAUACGUGUUUGUGGUACUUGUUUGUGUGUGUUGUGUGUGAAGAUUUGCUAUUUAUGUGGAACUCAUGUAAGAUCUGGACAUCCUUUGUUCAGAGAGACGAGGGGAAAAUGUAUAGCUGAACCUCGGUAGUGUUGCUACCCUUUUUGUUGUGAUCAUAGUGAACAUUCAAUUUUUCUUCUAUACAUGAUGAAAUUGUACUAA